AUGAAUGGUCGUGGUAAGGCCAACGGAGCGGUUGACAAUCAAACUUUCACAAAAUUUCUCUUCAAUAGAGAUAAAGGCACCUUGUUAGGUCGAACUGCUAAGUCAUGGGUUGAAAUAUUGGGAUUUUAUUUACUCUUUUAUACAUUACUUAUGUCGUUUUGGAUCAGUUGCCUACUAGUAUUUCUUUCGACAUUGGAUGAUAGAGUACCUCGCUAUUAUGGUAAAGGAACAAUCAUUGGUAUAAAUCCUGGCGUUGGUUAUCAGCCAUGGCUUCUGGAUGAUCCUGAUUCGACCUUGAUUAGGUUCAACAUACGUGAUAAGUCAUCCUAUCAAAAAUACGUUGGUAAAUUGGAGAAUUAUCUUUCAAAGUAUAAUAAUUUAACGGCAACUCGUGUAUGUGUUGGUAAUCAAAGCAAUGCACAGCUUUUCACAGAUGGAAACGCGAACGCUGAGCAUUUACCAGGAGAUGACGUAAUUAAGUCAUGUCGUUUCGAACUAAAACAAUUUGCCGAAGCAGGUUGCAGUAAAAACAACGAUUUCGGUUUUUCUGAGGGUAAACCAUGCAUAAUUUUAACAUUGAACCGACUGAUUGGUUGGAGACCAGUCGAUUACGAGCCUGAUUCAGUGCCUGAGGUGAUUCGGGGACGAUAUAAGCCUAAAUUUGUCACUUUCAAAUGUGAUGGAACGAGCGACUUCGAUAAGGAACAUAUUGGUAAUGUGACGUACAUUCCGGAAGCGGGUAUUGAUGGUAAAUACUAUCCUUAUGCUGUUAUGCCUAACUAUCAGCAGCCUUUCGCUAUGAUAAAGUUUGAUCAUUUGCCACGUAAUAAAUUGGUUUUGAUUGAAUGUCGAGCUUUUGCUCAAAAUGUUGAACAAGAUAUUACAUCGAAAUUGGGAAUGGUUAAUUUUGAAGUGAUGUUGCAAGAUAUUGAACCAGAAAACCCUGUUGAGCAGCUGCGGUAA